GUAUAAUUUUGAUUUUAUUAUUGAAAGAAUAUGAGCAUGGUUAGUUAUCUAUGGUAAUUACUAAUAUGUGAUAUGUGAAAAAAAAAUAAAUUUAAAAAAAAAUAUUAAAAAAAAAAAUUAUAAAAAAAUAAUAAUAAUAUAGGAUAAUUUUAUAGAUUACAGUAGUAUUUGAAUUAAUUGUAAAACAUGUUUAGAAUAUUAAGCAAUACUUUGCAUACAAAUGUUCUAAAAAAAAAAUAUACAUAUUCUUGUUUUAACCUAAUCUAGUUGUUAUUAUUGUUGUAGCGGCAGAAUUUUGUCGAGUUCACAGUCCUUGGCCGGAAAAAAUCCGGGUCCGUUCCGGUUACGUAAACCCGACUGUUAUAGAAACGGAACCUAACCUAGUAUUGACAUAUGGCUAUAAUGGUAUAUAAAUUUAUUUGUAUAGUUAUUUGUAUUUUGUACUCGACAAUUUUUAUUAAAUUUUAGUGAAGACGCUUAUUAAUCGACGCCAGAAGGAUCAAAGGCGGCCUUUACCUUCUUGACGCUGCGCUCUGCGCUACGUGUCAAUAAUUGUUUGCCGUAGCAUACAACUUCUAUAUUUCCGAUGGUAAUGCAAAAUACGCUGUCUUGCUUCGGUAUCGAUCUUAGACGGUCAUCUUUGCCUACCAUUUUAAAUAUAUUUUUCGUUUCCAACACAACAACACCAAUCAAUCCCACCAAGGUUUCGCAUUUUGAUGCCAGUACUUCCAUUUUAGCCCCAUGCAGAUCAGUUUUCAUCAACAAUUGACAAAUGGGAUCGUGACCUUUCUCAUAUACUGUGGGCAGAAAAUCACCAGGACGUAUACCCAGCGCUUCACGCACGUAACAUCUCCAAACACGGUGUAUUGUCAUUGCUUCUAGAUAUGUCAUCGCGGUUUUGGGUAAUGUGUUCAAACCUAGUGUUCGAUAUUGACGUCGUGGUAUCGUAGUAGACCUUCUAACUGGAUGUCGCCUACGACCAUCUAUAUUUCUUGAAGCACAUCCUCCUUCCAACAUUGUAAUGUGUUCGGGAUUGAUGUUUAUAUCAUUACGCUGCGGCACCGCUAUCAAUUCGUUAAUCAUAUCUUGAAUAGUGUGAUUGUUGCCCAUUUCUUAUAUUUUCUUUAAGCGUUUCUAAAUUAAAUACUUUUGUGAAAUCUAAGACCACUUCGUAAUGAAAAUCGAAGUAUAUCAAUGCUGACAUUACACAUGGCAUUGCCAUAUUAUAAUCAGCAAAACAAAGUAUUGUUAAAAUUUUAUCACACAUUGACGCAGCAUAUACAUUGCUCAAGAUAUUUUUAGGAAAAUGUGGCAAAGUUAAUAGAAGUGGAAGUAAAACAUAAUGUCUGUAGACUACAUAAAAUGAGAUAAAUAUUUUUAUUUCUUGAUAUUCCUUUUUAAAUAUUCAAAUACUUUAUGUAUUCGCUUUUCUAUCCAUGAAUGCGUUUUUCGAAUUGGCCGUUGCAAUAAAUAUUAAAACAACAGUCAGGUUGUCAGGUGGCAAGGAUGAUGAGUGACACAUUUGGUCAUCGUAAAGGGGUUAUACCAUGGUUUCGGAUCAUAUUAUCCAUGACACGUGCUGAUGCUUAGGAGUGCCUAAUUUUGUAAAUGUUUUUGCUGCUUCUUAAAUAGCCUUUUAAUAACGGUUCACAAUAAAUUUGUUGUGAAAUAAUAAUUUCAAAUCGGCUUGCGUAAAAUUGUUAAAUUUCAUUAAUUGUGAAGAAUAUGGUACUAUUUUGUUGAAUCAGCCUUUUUCUUAUUCGCAUUUGUUUACGUUGCAUCAUCAAAACAAAAAGUGCGUUGACAGGUGAACAGCUGAUAAAAGCACGCCCUGCCUAAACGAAUCAAAACAGUUUUUAAGCAAUGAUAAUUUCGCAAAUAUAACUUAUUACAAAAGGAGUAAUAGAAAUGUUUGUGCUCGCUGAAUUGAAGGAUACUAUACGAAUAGCGCCGGAUCAAUUUCAUUUGAAAUUGGUUGAAGCGAUACGCGACGAAAUUAACCGGAAGUUAGCCAACAAGGUACUGUUAAAUCUUGGUCUUUGCAUUGCGCUCAAAGAUAUAGUUUCUUUGAAAGACUCCAUUAUAUUGCCCGGCGAUGGCGCUUCACACACCGAAGUGCUGUUUCGCUACAUUGUCUUCCGUCCCACCAUUGGUAGCAUACUCACAGGUAAAAUACGUAGCUGCAGUCGAGAAGGUGUACACGUAACAUUGGGUUUCUUUGACGACAUAUUGAUACCACCGUCAGCGUUACAACACCCCUCCCGCUUUGAAGAAGCUGAACAAGCUUGGGUGUGGGAAUAUCCGCUGGAAGAUGGUGCAAAACAUGACUUGUUUAUGGAUAUCGGUGAACCUAUCAAAUUUCGUGUGUCACGUGAAAUUUUUGAAGAGAGCUCACCCAUUGGACCGCCUAAAACAGAUGUACAGCAAGCAAGCACCUCAGCAUCGGCAUCAGCGGCGGUGGCAGCCGCGUCAUCGCAACAAAAAGAAGUUAAAACACCUUAUAAAAUAGUGGCUGCCAUUAAUGAAUCUGGUUUAGGCGUGUUGUCGUGGUGGGAUCAACAAAAUCAGGGCGCGGAAGAGGGUGACGAAAAUGAAGAUGAGGAUAAUGCGGAAUAUGAAAAUGACGAAGAUGGCGAAGGUGCCUAUGAGGAAUGAAAUAAAUUUUUUAUAUACAAAAAACAAAAUGUAUUUUCUAUAUUUGAGCUGUGUUAAGUGAAUAAGUGACUUGUAGUUCAGUGUUGUAUUAUGGUAAGAUAUUGCUAAAAUAUUUUUGAAAACGGGGUUUGUUGUAUUAAAAAGUGAUAUCUUAUUAAAUUGUUCAGAUCGGACAACUAUAGCAUAAAGCUGUCAUUCACUUUUCAAGAUACAGAUUUUUUAUGCCAUUUUGUGAAGGGUAUUAUAGCUUCACCGCAGUCGAUGUUAACAUUUUUACUUGUUUAUGCUGCAGUAUCCAAAUCCGUUCCUACAAAUAAAAAACAAUAUUUCACUACGGUGAUUUUUCAU